AUGAAUGCCAAUGGUCAUCGACCAAUUGAAACAUGUGUAUUAUAUGAUGAUAAACCCUAUUCGGUCUUACAAACAUUUUUAAAACU